GCCCUGGCAUGAAGUCACAGCCUAUUUCACAUCCGGUUUACCCAGGGACAUAUUACUAUUGUCCUGGUAAAGUAAAGCUUUAUUUGGCUGCAAUCUCAGUAUUUACAGUAGAUUUUGUAGUUAGAUAACCAAUUUGUUGGGGACUGAGAAGAGUUUAACCCCCCACACCAAUGAAUAGUGCGCGAGACCUGCGCAUACUCAGCAUCGUCAGCAGCCGUUCCUCCAGCCUCAAGCUCAAAUUCGGCAGUAGAUCUGAGAUCUUUGAGGAUUUUUCUCAUUGAAUCCGUGUAAAAAAAAAAGAUGUACAUAAAAGUUUGAGGACACGACAGCCUCGAAUAUCUCUGGUAUAUCGCUUGACAAACCACUCUCCGGCCAUGGGUGGACGGACAGGAACGGUCAUACUAUGUGUGUGGGCCUGUUUGCUGAUGGCCAAUGUGCUUUGUGGGAAAAGCUCUGGACAGAAUGGCCAGACGGAUGAGCAGAAAGACAACACUACAGUGUUCACCCGGAUCCUAGACCGUCUCCUGGAUGGCUAUGACAAUCGUCUCAGACCAGGGUUGGGAGAGCGUGUAACUGAAGUCAAGACUGACAUUUUCGUGACGAGUAUUGGGCCCGUCUCGGACCAUGACAUGGAAUACACCAUUGACGUGUUCUUUCGUCAAAGCUGGAAGGACGAGCGGCUAAAAUUUAAAGGUCCAAUGUCUGUUCUCCGUUUGAACAACCUAAUGGCCAGUAAAAUCUGGACCCCUGACACAUUCUUUCACAAUGGCAAGAAGUCUGUGGCCCACAACAUGACUAUGCCCAACAAACUCCUACGAAUCACCGAGGAGGGAACUCUGCUCUACACUAUGAGACUGACAGUAAGGGCGGAGUGUCCCAUGCACCUGGAGGACUUCCCCAUGGACGCCCAUGCUUGUCCACUGAAGUUUGGCAGCUAUGCUUACACCAGAGCUGAGGUUGUGUACGUGUGGACGAGAGGGGCAGCCCAGUCUGUCGUGGUGGCUGAAGAUGGCUCUCGGCUCAACCAGUAUGAUUUGAUGGGGCAAAGUGUGGACUCUGGGGUUGUCCAGUCCAGCACAGGAGAGUAUGUUGUCAUGACGACACACUUCCAUCUGAAGAGGAAGAUUGGUUAUUUUGUCAUCCAGACGUACCUGCCCUGCAUCAUGACAGUAAUCCUAUCCCAGGUGUCCUUCUGGCUCAACAGAGAGUCCGUCCCAGCCAGGACUGUGUUCGGAGUGACAACUGUGCUGACCAUGACUACCCUCAGUAUCAGCGCUAGGAACUCUCUCCCAAAAGUGGCCUACGCCACAGCCAUGGACUGGUUCAUUGCAGUCUGCUAUGCUUUUGUCUUCUCUGCCCUCAUUGAGUUUGCUACAGUGAACUAUUUCACAAAGAGGGGCUAUGCCUGGGACGGAAAAAGUGUGGUGCCAGAGAAGCAAAAGAAGAAGAAGGAGUCCCUCCUGAAGAAGAACAACGCCACCGCCUACACCGCCGCCACCGCUACAGCCUUCGCUCCAAACAUUGCCAGGGACCCUGGUUUGGCCACCAUUGCCAAAAGCGCCCCCCCUCCCCCCACCGAGCCCAAGGAGGAGCCCAAGCCCAAGCCGCCAGAGGCCAAGAAGACCUUCAACAGCGUCAGCAAGAUCGACAGGAUCGCCAGAAUAGCCUUCCCGUUACUCUUCGGAACCUUUAACCUGGUCUACUGGGCAACUUACUUGAAUAAAAAGCCCAAGUUACAGGGGAUGACCCCGGGAUCCCACUAAUCCAAAUCCCACCCUUCUCUUUUUUCCCCAAUGUUUAUUUUCAGAAAACAUGGUGUCCAUGCGGGUUGAGUUCCCAGUCGCCACAUUGCUUCAAUGUCACAUACUGUACCUUCCACGAUUAAAAAAAAAGAGAAAAGGCUUUAGGAUCAGAGCAAUGUGAUGACUAUAAUGGGAAUUGUUUUGGGAGGGAGGGAUUAUGCUACUAAAGAAAAUAUGCUAUAAAUAAUACUUGAUAUACGCAAGAGAAUGCUAUUCUACAAAUUCGCAUAGCCCAACAAUUUUUAAGGAUCUAUUCUUUGUUUUAGUUUUCUGAUAUAUGUUCAGUUGUUAUUUUGCAUUAGAUCAUUGCCACUGUAAAAGAAAUUUGUGUUUUUUUGCAUGGACUGGGAGUUUUCCUUUUCAAAGACCAAUCAACAUUUGACUGAUGGCCUAGUUUGUUUGAUAUCAGUGACAAAAAUGCUACCUGCAAUCUCUGUCAAAUAUUCUUCCAUUCUCUGUAGUUGAUGUUUUGGGGUUUGUUCAUUUCCUUUUGUUGAAAGAAUCAUGAUAGGGGUUCAGCAAUAGCAAUAAAACACGUCUCAGUGGAAACAACGUCAUUUGUUCAUGGGUUUAAGAAGAGGAUAGAAACGAUUCAAUCAUUUAUGUGCAACAUUAUGAAUACAAUUUAUUUCGUUUUAUUGUAAAUAGUAUCAAGUGUUAGAGAUGUCAAUAUUACGUUUAAGCUUUGCAAAGUGUAACUAAAGGGUAUUCAUUUUCAACACGUGGCAGAGAUUCUUUUUUUUUUUUUUUUAACUGUUUAUGAAACAUUGAAAAAAGUUUGUAUGAAGAGAGUAUUCACUGGCUCACUCCUAUGUGACUGUUUCUUACCAAGUCAGUGUUCCACUGAUGGCUGGUCAACAUUGCCAGUGGUUAUAAUUGAAAUAUAAGUUAAUAUCUAUUCAACUAAAUCCAUAGCUGGGGUGGGUUACUAAUGAGUAAGAAUGUAAAACUGUAAAAUCUAAAUGUCGGAAUGCAUUUUAUAUUUAGAAUUAAAAAACACUAUUAUUAUUUA